CAAGGACUCACCUGGACUCACCCGGAGGACUCGGAGCUUCACGGAAACCUGAGCCCUGACUCUGAGUCUGAGGACCAGGUUGCAGGCUGCAGCAUGCGGCUUUGAACGUACAGCUCACUGUCAAAGUUGCAGAUGAGGGAGCGUCCUUAAAGUUACAGGCUUGGGCGAGCUGCUAGAUUGCUUUGAGAAGCUCCUUCCGGAGUGUAAAAGCUACGGAGUGCUCAGCUUGGGGCGUUCUAGAUCUGAGCGCGUGAUCGCGCUUCAAACAGGUUGUUAAUAUUCGGGUCGACAUCUCUUUCCCACUCUGUCGGAUGCGUGUUGCUUCAUAGGUGGCAGCUGUGGGAUUAUGUCCUAGUUCUGCAUGUAGAAGAAAGGUUCUAGCUGGUUUGCAAACUUGUGUUGAACCCCUGCUGUGAGUUCUUCGGCAUCAGGAUAGCGAUCAUCUUGAGGAGCCAUGCAAGCUGCCCGGGAGCAGAAAAGCAAGCGAGAGAGAUCCCAAUCUGCAUAACAAAGCGCUCACAAGCACUACGAAGGCAGCAUCUUUCGUCCAGACUUCGCAUCUCACAUUUGGGGCCCAAGCAGGGCGUUUAGCCACAGAUUCACCAUAGCCCUUGGUGGUCGAUAAGAGAUGGGGACUUGCACAUCUCGACCACUAACGGCGGAUGACGAGCCAUAUGGUCACUCGUCACCGUACCCAGGGAAGGAACAUCCGGACCCGUACGGGCAGCCAAAUAGGCUCGGGCAGCCGCGCCAGAGGGCGGCGCCGCCAGCGGCCUCCAGCGAUGCGCCGUUGGUCCCGCGAUUCACCUUGGCAGAGUUGAAGGCUGCGACGGACAACUUUGGGCAUACAGCCCUCGUGGGGGAAGGAUCGUUUGGGCGCGUGUAUUACGGAACGAUGCAAGACGGGCGGGGCUCGGUCAUCAAAAAGCUGGACUCGACACCGCAGCCAGAGCAGGAGUUCAGGUCGCAGGUAGCAAUGGUGAGCCGCUUGAAGCACGACAACGUGCUCCAGUUGUUGGGUUACUGCAUGGAGGGUCCGGUGCGGAUCCUAUGCUACGAGUACUGCGCAAACGGCAGCUUGCACGAUUACAUCCACGGAAGGAAAGGCGUGAAGGGGUCGGCGCCAGGGCCCGUCUUGGACUGGAUGGCGAGGGUGCGGAUUGCGUUGGGGGCGGCCAAGGGCCUAGAAUACCUGCACGAAGGGGCGUCACCCCCUGUUGUGCACCGAGACAUCAAAUCGUCCAAUGUGCUGUUGGAUGACAAACUGAACGCCAAGAUUGGCGACUUCAAUAUCGCCAGCCUGGCGCCCGACGCCGCGUCGCGCCUCCAGUCGACACGUGUCCUUGGCACCUUCGGGUACCACGCACCUGAGUACGCAAUGACGGGUCAAUUGUCUGCCAAAAGUGACAUCUACAGCUUCGGGGUGGUCUUGCUUGAAUUGCUGACGGGGCGGAAACCGGUGGAUCACAAGAUGCCACGUGGCCAGCAGAGCCUCGUGACGUGGGCGACGCCCCGGCUGACGGAGGACAAGGUGAAGCAGAUCAUGGACCCCAAGCUGAACGGCGACUACCCGACCAAGGCUGUCGCAAAGAUGGCGGCGGUUGCGGCGCUUUGCACCCAAUACGAGGCGGACUUCCGGCCUAAGAUGAGCGUUGUCGUGAAAGGCCUCACGUCUCUGCUUAACUAUCAAAAGCAGCAAGUUUUACCGGAACCGCCCUCUAGCCCUGCUCGGCGGCCGGGGUCUGCACAACCGAGCCGACGGCCAGUGCAGUCGCGAAUGUCACAAGGGUAUUAAAAUGCCUAUGUCGCUUCCGUUGGCAAGAUUAAAAUCUUAAGGUCACGGUUUGCAAUCUGGUAAUGGUGAUCUAGCGGCCCUGAAAUUGAUACAGCCAAUGUAUGUAGGUUAAGUUCCGUAGGCGCCUAGCUUUAUCAACAGCCUAGUGUUGUCACGAGUAGGGGUAAGCAGUUAUAGAGUAGAAAGGCCCGCAAAGGAUAGAGGGAAGUUGAGUGGAAGGCUGGUUUUCAUUCGGCAGACUUCAUGGUCGUUGCCGCGGUAAUGAUUUGAGCGAGCGUAUAAUAAAGCUAGGCGUUGGGCAUCGUGUGUACAGGAUCUCAAGCCCACAAGUGAGUUCCCGGUUUUGGUAUAUCAGCUUAAGCUGCCGCCUUGUCGAAAGGGGCACGGUGCAUGCCUCAAGUCCAC